UAAAACCUUGGAAUUUUUACACAGGCAUGUUUAUACACGACAUCUUUUUCAUCCCUUGACCAAACUAAAACGAGAAAUGGACAAGAACAUGAAUAAAUAUUCAUUUGUUUCAAUUACUAAGAUGACAGAGCAUAAGUAAUAACGAGGUUAUGCCUCCACCGAAGUUCAACUGAGGAGAGAGAUCUAUUUCUGUAAGAAAAAUGGAGAUGCCAAUUGAGCAAAAGAAAGCCACCCCAAAGGUUGAAAGGAAAAAAGGUGGCUUCAGAACCAUGCCCUUUAUCAUAGCAAACGAGACAUUUGAAAAGGUUGCGAAUGUGGGGCUGCAUGUGAACAUGAUAUUGUACCUGCUACGGGAGUAUAAUUUUGACCCUGCAACAGCAGCCAUUAUAGUAUUCCUGUGGAACGCCAUGUCUAAUUUUAUACCAAUGUUUGGUGCUUUCCUUUCUGAUUCUUGGCUUGGACGAUUUCGUGUUAUUGCCCUCGGAACCAUCAUCGACCUUGUUGGCCUGGUUGUAUUGUGGCUCACAGCGAUUAUUAGGCGUGCUAGGCCCGAAUGCCAUAAUGAAGAAGCUUGUGCGAAACCUACAUCAUUUCAACUCCUAUUUCUUUUCUCUGCACUUGCUCUGAUGGCUCUUGGGGCUGGGGGAAUUAGGCCGUGCACCUUAGCCUUUACGGCUGAUCAAAUCAGAAACCCUGAAAACCCACAAAACGAGAGGACCAUGAAGAGCUUCUUCAAUUGGUACUAUGUUUCGGUUGGCGUUUCAGUAUCAAUUUCAGUGAUAUUUAUAGUGUACAUCCAAGUUAAAGCAGGGUGGGUGAUAGGUUUUGGGAUUCCUGUGGGGCUUAUGACAUUUUCUACUUUAAUGUUUUUCUUGGGUUCUUCUUUAUAUAUCAAAGUGAAACCAAACAAGAGCUUGCUCACUAGCUUUGCCCAAGUGAUUGCGGCAGCAUGGAAAAACAGACACUUGUCUCUUCCUCCCACGAACUCCGACGCAUGGUAUUUUCACAAUGACUCCAUUCUUGUUCAGCCAACUAAUAAAGUAAGGUUCUUGAACAAGGCUUGCAUACUGAAGAACAAAGAGAAAGAUCUAGACAGUGAUGGGAUGCCCACUGACCCGUGGAGUAUGUGUACAGUGAGACAAGUAGAGGAAUUGAAAGCUAUAAUCAAAGUUCUUCCUAUUUGGUCCACUGGUAUAAUAUUUGCAACUACCAUAAGCCAACAAUCAUUUUCUGUGGUUCAAGCAGGGACCAUGAACAGGGAGGUGUUCCAUAUGGACAUUCCAUCAACCAACUUCAGUGCAUGCAUAAUCCUUACUUUAACCAUAUGGGUGGCUAUUUACGACCGAAUUCUGCUUCCCCUGUUCCCAAAGGGGCGAGGACUCAGUGUUAAGCAACGACUGGGAUUUGGAAUAGCUAUCUCAUGCUUGGCCACUGCAGUGGCAGCAUGGGUAGAGAGGAAAAGAAGGGAUGAAGCAAUAAGGGAAGGGUUUAUAGACAACCCAAAAGGAGUCGUGAACAUGUCUGCUGUGUGGUUAGUGCCUCAGUACUGCUUAUAUGGUUUAGCAGAGGGUUUGAACAUCAUUGGACAAAUAGAAUUCUAUUACUCCCAGUUUCCUAAGGCAAUGUCAAGCAUUGCUGUUUCCCUAUGCACCUUUGGCAUUGGGGUAGGAAACCUUGUCGGAAGCCUUAUUGUGAAAGUUGUGAAAGAUGGAACAGGGAAAGGAGGAAAAGCUAGUUGGCUAGCAUCAAACAUCAACAUGGGCCACUAUGACUACUACUAUGCCCUUCUUCUCGUUCUAAAUUUGGCUAAUUUAUUAUGCUUCUUAGCAUUUAGUGUAGCUUAUGGGAGCACUCAGGAUAUUAAAAACUGGGAUCAAGAUUUUACUUCAGAGCAAGAGAUCGACGACAAAUGAAGGAAAACACAAACAAGCAAGUUUGUUUUUUCCCAUAUUUUAGUAGUAACUUGAAUACGGGAAAAAGAGUGUUUAUUUAGAUUAUUAUAUAGUAUGUUUGUAGAAAAAAUUACAUAUAAAACU